UACACAAGGCGAAGGAAACCUUAACCAUUAGCCAUGUUGUCUUCUGAUCAAAUCACACAGCGCAUGAGUUCCGGUAAUGAGAUCAUGGAGAAGGAGGAGGAGGAGGAGCACGGUGCCUACUCUUCCACCGUACACAGGCUUAUCAUCUUUAGCAACGGCGGAGCUAUGGGAUUGCUUCAGGUGGUCACAAACCAAUCAUCAACCAAAGAAGCAGACCGUAGAGUCAUAAUCCUCUGUUUCUUGGUCAUCACUCUUAUCUACACCAUCCUUCGUGUCUGCGAAGUAAAGCUUCGAAACAAACCUAAUAUCAGUAACUUCGUUGGGCACGUAAGCCAUCUCUUUGGUGCUCUCGCAGCUCUCACGCUUAUCUAUCUAAUUUCGCCAACCUUUGCUCUUGUUGCUGUUUCUCUGUGGCUUGUUUGGUUCGUCGCUGUUAUGUAUGUCUCUUUCUCAGAGCUCGUAUUCCCGGAGGAUGACGCGGCAGAUUCACCGGUGUGAAAUAUCAAGUCGAUCGUCCGCGAUAUAUUCAAUUCCCAAUGGUUGGUAGCUUGAUCUUGAUAUGUGUAUAUAGUUCUUACGUACUUCUUACUAUUGUUUCCCAUGCAUGGUCGGGCGUCUGGUUUAAGAACUCUUAAAUAAAAUAAGAUUUAUGUA